GUAAAUUUCCACUGAUUUAUAUCGCCGGCAACGUCGGUCUGGAUUAACAGUCGUGAGUGUCACGGUAGUAAAUUGUUAUACUAUUUAUAUGACACAUCUCCAUUGUGUAUCAAAACAACGCACUUGUGAAGCAAGAUUAACUCUGUGUUAUAAUGGUCUGAGAAAAACUUAGAAUGGCUACAAGUGGGACAACAAACAUGUUGGGUGUGCUUGUAAGGUCUGGAGUUAAUGUCAGGACUGUAACUAAGCAACCAUACGUGGCAAGUAGUGCAUCAUACAGAUAUGUUACAACUGCACUGUCUAGAGGUGACCAGACCACGACAGAUGGUUUGAUUUGUAAUCCAGUGAAUAGGAACAACUGGCACAAGAAUGGAAGAAGUCAGUACUCCACCGGAGGUACUCAGAAAACUAAAUUUGGACCUCUGAUUGGUGCUGCAGCAGCGGCAGCGUUUGCAGGGAUUGGAGUUGUGGCAUAUUGGAGAUCCAAUUACACUCACGCUGGAACUAAGAAGAGUAUUCAACAUGCAGUUCAAGUUCUACCAGCUGAAGAUACUAAAAUGGUGAUUCAUCCCAAAAAGAUAAAAUCACAUGCUGGAAAUGCUGGGAAGGCGAUUCCUGGGAUACCAGAAUACACAGCUACUGAAGUUGCCCGUCAUGAUGACCCAAACAGAGGUAUCUGGAUGACGUAUAAAGAUGCUGUCUAUGAUGUAACAGAGUUCAUUACAGCUCACCCUGGUGGUGAUCGAAUCAUGAUGGCUGCAGGAGGAGGCUUAGAACCUUUCUGGGAGGUUUUUGAGAUCCAUCAAAAUGCUAAGGUCUUUGAGCAAUUAGAGCUGUAUCGUAUCGGUAACUUGGCCAAGGAGGGACGUAAAGAGUACACACCAGAUCCAAAUAAUCCAUUUGCGAACGAUCCUCUUCGGCAUCCAGCAAUCAUCCCGAGUUCCAAAAGACCUUUUAAUGGAGAGCCUCCAUCUGAUUUGCUCAUUGAGAAGUUCUCCACUCCACAGCAGCUGUUCUAUGUUCGCAAUCAUCUUCCUGUUCCUGAUAUUGACCCUAACAACUACUCGCUGGAAGUGACCUUCGAGGAUGAUGAUGAAGGAACAGUUGAGUUUUCACUGAAAGACUUGAAGAAGUUCCGGAAGAGUUCGGUGACAGCGACACUGCAGUGUGCUGGUAACAGACGAAGUGAGAUGAAUGAAUACAAAACUGUGAAAGGGCUCAGUUGGAAGCAGUCUGCAAUCGGUAAUGCUACCUUUACGGGAGUUAAACUACGUGAUGUUCUUAUGUUUGUGGGAUUCAAAGAGUCUGAUCCUUCAUAUAAAGGAAAACACGUUCAGUUUGAAGGACUUGACAUCGAUCCUUUCACAUCUGAGCAGUAUGGUGCUUCUAUUCCUCUAGUAAAAGCUCUAGAUCCUGAGGGGGAUGUUCUGCUAGCAUGGGAAAUGAAUGGUGAACCACUCACCAGAGAUCACGGUUUUCCAGUACGUGUAGUCGUGCCUGGCUUUGUUGGUGCUCGCAAUGUCAAGUGGUUAGGUCGUAUCACCAUUUCUGACGAGGAGAGCCAAAGUCACUGGCAACAAAAUGACUAUAAAGGUUUCUCUCCAGAGGUUACCCUUGAAACUGCUGAUUAUUCAAAGCAGGCUCCGAUACAAGAAUACCCGGUGCAGUCGGCUGUUUGCGUCCCUGUCAAUGGUUCAACAAUCUCUAGUAAGGAUGAGGAGAUCACCGUCAAGGGUUAUGCUUGGAGUGGUGGUGGGAGAGGUAUUUUCCGUGUCGACGUCUCUUUAGAUGGCGGUAAAACAUGGUUUGAAGCAUUACUGAAACAGGAGAAACGAACAUUCAAUCGGAACUGGGCAUGGACCAUUUGGCAUGUCACAUUACCAAUACCGAAAAAUCACAAUGGAGAGUUAGACAUCGUCUGUAAGGCUGUUGAUUCGGCAUACAAUGUUCAACCAAACACAUUUCAUGGACAUUGGAAUUUCCGUGGUGUCUUAGCAAAUGCCUGGAGUCACUCUCAAGUGAAAAUUGAAUAAGAGUUUGAAAUAACAGUAAUCUUGACUUUAUAUAUUAGAACAAAUUGAGACCAGUUUGGAAGGCAGAACUGGUGACUAAAAUGUCUCUAAAAAAUAGCAGGUGUUUUAUUAAACACAUAUAUUCGGAUAUUACUAUCUGGCUUUAUGCAAUGUGAAUAGACUCGGAGGAUUGUAAUUACGCGAUUGUUGGAAGUCAACUUGAUAUAUUGGUACAUAUACCUAUAUUAGGUUGGUCCACUGGGAAGAGAAUGCUUGCAAGGGUACUUGAAUAUUCUGUUUAUUUUUGGGGAAACCGUUGCUUGGUUUUACCAAGUUGCAAUGUACAUAUUUUGUUUUUGUUUAUAUAGGGACGAGCUAAAUUCUUUAAUUUUAAACAGUGUACAUUGUGUGGUUGGACGUGGAUCAGCUUGUCAAUAUAAUGUUUGUUUUGUUAUAGUAACACCAUACACUGAUGUAAAUUACAGGUGCAUUUAUGGUCAGAUGAGAUCGUAUUUUAAUGAUCCAAUAUACAAUAAACAAAUGCCAUUUUUUGCUUAUAUGCAUUUCUAUUGGAGAUGCAUUCUUAAUACGGUAUGUGAACUGUUGUGAAUAUAUUGUACAAGCGUGGAUGAUUUAGUAUGGUAUAUUAAAGAUUUUAUUUCUACAUAAAUACUGUGGCCUGCUCAGAUUACCAUAUUGGUCUUUCAGGGGGGGUAUAAGUAAAUUACAAUAUUUUCUACUGUCACUCUUGUUUAGUACAGACAUUGGGAAAGUGGAAACUGGUGCGUUUUUAAAAACAACUUUGUUCUGUGCUUUCCCAUAUGCUACAAUUUCUUGUAAAUGUGCCAUUACGUACAAGUGAUGGUUUCAGUUUUUAUGAGGUAUAUAAUAAAACAAUGCUAAUGUGCGGUGGAUUGGGUUUGUGAACAUUUGUGCAAAUAAAGUAUUCAAUUCAAUA